AUGCCAUCAGACUCUCAAACUUUAUCAUACUCUCGGUCAUUAGCUGAUAUGCGAAUUGAGCAGGGUUAUCACUUGGAUAGACUGCGAUCAAAAUUAGCUAGUUUGGAUAUGCGCGAUUUAGUGCCACUAUUGGUUGCUCGACAGGUGCUAUGUUAUCAAGAAAUGAGCGCAGUUUAUUCCAUGGCAAAACGUGAAGAUCAAGUGGAUAAAUUGAUAGAAAUACUGAAAACAAAAAAUCACUGGCUUGGGCCUCUCAUCGAUAGUUUAAUCCGAAAUGGUCAAGCAGCACUGGCUGAAGAGCUUUUGGCCACAAGUCGCACAACAGCUAAUACAUCGCCGGAUUCACAUUUUGGACAGUAA